UAAUUAGCCGUUUCACAUACUUCCUGGUUGAAAGCUGUUCUUAGAUAUUUCUUUGUCAUCCAUCCAUGGCUGCUUCUCCACUCUCCGCUACCCCGAACCCCGUCCCGCAGCCUCUCGACCGGAAAAUUCAACCAAACCCUAUUUCUGAGCGCAUACUGGCAGUUCCCAUUCCCAAACACAGAGGCCCAGGACCCGAUACCUAUUCGAAGCUGUCCCCUUCUCACUCUGCUACUCACUCUGCUCAUGGCGCAGAACUCCAGAGAAUCCAGCAGAGAGCAUUGGCGGACUGGGAGAAAGCGCAGAAAAUAGAGAAGAAGGAGAGAAAAGAAGAAAAGGGCAUCAAAACAGGGUCACGAAAGGCCAUAUCCGUGAUUCUGCGACGGGAAGCCACUAAAGCCAUCAUCGAGAAGAAGAGGGGAAAAACUAAUUCCAAGAAAUUGCUCCCCAGAACCGUCCUGGAAGCACUCCAUGAACGAAUCACCGCCCUCCGCUGGGACUCGGCUCUUAAGGUUUUUGAGCUGCUCCGGGAGCAGCUAUGGUACAGGCCUUAUCCGGGUAUCUACGUGAAGCUGAUUGCGAUGUUGGGCAAGUGUAAACAGCCCGAGAAGGCUCGAGAGCUAUUUGAGGCGAUGAUUGAUGAGGGCUGUGCUUCAAAUCGAGAAUCCUACACAGCUCUCGUGUCGGCGUAUGGCAGGAGUGGGCUGUUUGAAAAGGCUUUUUCGCUGCUUGAGGAAAUGAAGGGGGCUGCGGAUUGCUACCCUGAUGUUCAGACUUACUCCAUCCUCAUCAAAUCAUGCCUCCAAGCUUUCGCCUUUGAGAAAGUGCAGGUUCUGCUCUCUGACAUGGCUGCUUCGGGGAUCAGACCCAAUGUUGUCACUUACAACACCCUUAUCGACUCCUAUGGCAAGGCCAAAAUGUUUAUGGAGAUGGAAGCAACGCUGGUUCAGAUGUUGAGUGAGCAGAACUGUGCGCCGGAUGUAUGGACCAUGAAUUCCGCAAUGAGGGCCUUUGGCGGAAGUGGACAGAUUGAGAUGAUGGAGAAGUGCUACGACAAGUUCCAGAGUUCAGGCAUUGAGCCUAACAUCAAGACCUUCAACAUCCUUCUCGAUUCGUAUGGCAAAGCUGGAGAGUACCAGAAGAUGAGCGCGGUGAUGGAGUACAUGCAGAAGUACCACUACUCAUGGACCAUUGUGACGUACAAUGUGGUGAUUGAUGCAUUUGGCCGCGCUGGGGACUUAAAGCAGAUGGAGUAUAUGUUCAGGCUAAUGCAGACCGAGAAGAUCAAGCCCAGCUGCGUCACACUCUGUUCUCUCGUCCGAGCUUAUGGCCAGGCUGGGAGGCCUGAGAAGAUUGGUGGCGUACUGAGGUUUAUCGAGAACUCGGACACUAUGCUUGACACAGUGUUCUUCAAUUGCUUGGUGGAUGUUUAUGGGAAGAUGGGGUGCUUUGCUGAGAUGAAGGAAGUGCUCGAGUUGAUGGAGGAGAAAGGUUGUAAGCCCGACGCGAUUACGUAUAGAACCAUGCUCAAGGCUUAUAAAGAUAAAGGAAUGAGCAGCCAUGUAAAGCAGGUGCUCGAGCUACUUAGAUCAGUUGAAGUUAGUCGAAUGCCCAGAAAGAAACCUGAUUUUUGAAAGCAGUAACUUUCAGCAAUGCACCGGUCAUUCACGUGGUUCUGAUGGCUCUUUCACUUUCAUCCUUGCCAUGUAUAGUUGCAUGUAUCUGAAGCUAUUUGUUAAAGAUAUCUCGCCUUAGAUUCCGCAUCAUAGGGAUAGAGUUGGAUAGUCAUAGAUAAGUUGAUGAAAGUGAAGAAAUUUGACUAAAUCAAAUAAGACUAAAUUUUAUUAAUCAUGUACUACAAUAUUAUAACCAAAACAUCUAAACUAAUACAACAAUCAAAUUAAUUAAAGUAAAGUUUAAUC